UUCACAUCCUGAAGUCGGCUAAACACUUCCUUCUGCGCUAUGAUUGGCUGAGAGUGGCUAUACUAACCAAUCUAAACGCAGGAGGCGUGGUUUAUGGAAAUACGGAAGUGGAAAAAGACAACAUUGCACUGAUAUUGCUUUCACUUUCCGUUCACUGUCAGAAACCAAAGGUAUUCUGAAACUAAUUAAGUUAUUAAUUAUUUUUAAGUACUGGGAUUAAUUAAAUUAAACGAAUAAAUCGCGAUCAGUAACAAAAUACGCCGAGAUAUCUGGAUUCACAAGACCAAAAGAAAGUUCUGUCAUUCAGAGGCGAUGACGCUGUUGGAACAGUUGGAGGAAGUGAGGAGCCAGGCCGAGGCGUGUUUAUCGAGAGCCAGCUCUGCGCAGGACAUCAAGAACGGCGUGUCCGCUGUGGCCAACAUCUCUCUGCCUCCGUCGGCUAAAUAUCGUUACAUUGCCGCAGAGACCAUGCUGAUAGAAAACAGUGCUGGAAGCAACAAGAAAGAGGCAAUAGCGUCACUGCAGAAACUGUCCACAGCACUCAACAUCCUGGAGAAAUACGGCUCAAACCUGACCAACCCCAACAGACCCAAGUACUGGCGCACAGUGAAACACAACAACCCCGUGUUCAGGGCCACGGUGGACGCCAUUCAUGGUGGGCGGGCCGUCCUGUGCCUUUACGGCUACACCAAUCAGCAGCCAGACGGCCUGAGCUUUCCCGACGACAUCACAGAGCCGGACGUCGCCAAAGUGGCAUCGGUGACACUGGAGGUCAUGAGUCUGCGUGGAGAGCUGGACAUGCUCAUUAAGGACACCCAUCCUCACCCAGAGUUCUUUGAGAGAAUCAUCCCCUCACUCACUGUGAAGGAUAUAGAUCCUGAGGUGAGCCCAGACGCUGUCAUGAUCUCUCCGUCCAGCGAGAGGCCGUGGGAGGAACAGUCCCUUCCCGCAGUGUCUCCGUCUCAGCCCACAGGACUGCUGUCUCUGUCCUCCAUCACACCCACCAAGCCAACAGCUGUCUGUGAAAAGAACUGCAUCAUAUGUGGGCGCUUCCCCGCGACGUCCUGCUGCACUACGUGCUCCCAGCGUCUGUGUUCAGAGUGCGACCGACUCUACCACUCGCACCCGGCUCGCGCCACACACACCAGGGUCCCAGUGGCGCCCCCUAGAACCCCCAAAACAUUCAGUCCGUCUCCGACCACGUGGCAUUGUUCGUACUGCACGACAGUGAACACGCUGCAGCAGGUGUUGUGUAAUACCUGUGAGCGCCCUCGUCUGGCCGCCACCACCCCACCGGUUGUACAGGAAGAUCCUCCGCAGCCGUCUACCAUCACAGAGUGGCAGUGUAAGAGCUGCACCGUGGUGAACUCCGGCAGCAGUAUUCUGUGUGAGGUGUGUGACCGCCCCCGUCUGGCCACACGCCCGCCUGUGACCCCUUCGCGCCCCACGCCUGCUCCUGCAGCGCUGUUCGACACCGGUCAGUGGAUCUGUCAGUUCUGUACUUACGCCAACCACACGCCGUCACUCCGCUGCGAAAUGUGCGACCUGGCGAGAUCAGAUCCCGCCCCAUCACCUUCUAAGCCCCUCCCACCGUCCCCGAUUAAGGACUUUAGCCCAAAAAAUCCGCCAGUAGAGGAUCCAGAUUUGAAGAGGCAGAGAUUAAUGCGGGAGGAGGGGCUUAAACUGAUCAAGCUGAUCCGAGAGGGUGAGGCGAAAGGUAUAAGUCCUGAGGAGAUCUACACAAGUCUGCAGGUUUCGGGUGGCAUCAGCGGGAUGCCGUGCGAUUGGCUGAAGACGGAGUUACCGCACAGGCUCGAUGAGAUCUGCGCCAUGGCUGCCUCAUUCCAGCACGAGCCCAAACCUCUCCAAACUACAGCUGCGCAACAUGCCCAGCCCCAGAAAACCUCCGUGCCUUUAUCCAGAGCCGAGGCCAAGCAGGCGUGGCUCACAGCAGGGGGCGACAGUGAGAAAGCGGCGAGGCAGGCGCUCAGGGACCGACUCGUUAGAGUGAAGGAGCUAGCCUCUCUUGGUUUCACCGACUCGGCUGCCUGCGAGGAGGUUCUGAGGCAGAGCGGUGGUGAGGUGAGAGGAGCGCUGGUGCUGCUGCAGCGCCCCCUGCUGGAGUCUUUCCACAAGCGCAUGUGGAGCGACGAACCCGAACCCACUAUCGACAUCAAUCACCCAGACAAACAGCGUGUGUGUCGCAGGCUCCUCGCCAUGUACAAUCUGCCCAGUUGGGGGCGAUGUGAGCUGGCUCUGUCUCUGCUGCGUGACCCCGGUGCCCCCUACACACUAGAGGACGUGGUGCAGGCCGUCCGUGAGUCACAUGACCGUGACUUCAUCCGUCGUGUGUUGGCGAAAGAGUGUCCUAUUUGCCUGUCCUUGUUUCCUCACAGCAAGAUGCAGUCUCUGACGUCGUGUCAGUGCUCAGUUUGCUGCGAGUGCUUCAAGCAGCACUUCACCAUCGCCGUCAGAGACAAACACAUCAGGGACAUGGUGUGUCCUGCGUGCGCCGAACCCGACAUCAACGACCCCGAACACCUCAACAGCUACUUCUCUACUCUGGACAUCCAGCUUAGGGAGUGCCUGGAGCCGGAGGUCUAUGAUCUUUUCCAUAAGAAGCUGACUGAACAGGCUCUCAUCAAGGACCCGAAGUUCCUCUGGUGCAGCCAUUGCUCAUAUGGUUUCAUCUACGAUGGAGAUCAGCUCAAGGUCACCUGUCUGCAGUGCCGGAACAGCUUCUGCGCUCAGUGCAAAAAACCUUGGGAGACUCAGCAUGCUGGCCUGUCGUGUGAACAGUUCCAGUUGUGGAAGCGUGAGAACGAUCCAGAGUAUCAGCGCCAGGGUUUGGCUGGUUACCUGCGUGACAACGGGAUCACGUGUCCUAACUGCAGGUUUCAGUAUGCUCUGGCUCGUGGAGGCUGUAUGCACUUCAGCUGCUCUCAGUGUCGAUAUCAGUUCUGCAGCGGCUGCAACAACCCCUUUCACACAACAUGUGCAGUGCCUCAGUGCAGUGUGACUGGUCUUCAUGCUCAUCACCCCAGAGACUGUCUGUUUUACCUGCGGGACUGGGAACCAGCCAGACUGCAGGCCUUAUUGCAGAAAUCCGGAGUGGCCUUUAACACAGAAGUUCCCCCAGGAACACAGACGGGUGUGUGUGGUGUGAUCGAGCAGAAGGAUGAUGGUACUCGUCAGACAGACUCAGCAUGUGGAGCUCAGACUCAGCCUGGCCAGGCGGGACUCUGCGAGAAACACUACCGCGAGUACCUGGUUAGCCUCAUCAACGGCCACUCCAUUGACCCCGCCCCUUUGUUCGAUUUCAACGAGCUGCACCUGGCCUGCAGGAGAUACCAAGUGGAGCUGAUCCAGGGGGAGGCGGAGGACGACAGGACGUACUACGCCCGACUACUGAAGAAACUAAUGGAUGAAGUUCCUCUGGGUGACAAAGUCCCACGCAAGAAGUGAAGAAUGAUUUUACUCCCCCUGAUUUUACGCCGUCUUUUAUCAUUUAUGCGUGCGCACGGCUCCGUGACCGUCCUCCCCACAGCGAGGAUGUCAAAGCAGCGUAGCAUAUUUUUUAAAAAUGGGUUUAGACCAGCAAAGAUUUCAGCAUGGUUUUAUUUUGAUGAUGUUAGAUCUCAGACAAUCUUUCCUGUGCACUUUGGGUUCAGUAAUCCUGAAGGAUGAACUUCUUCGAUAAAUUUCUCUUUGAUUGUCAUGCUUUCUAUGCUAAAGUGAUGCUUUCACUCAAAAAUGCUAAGAGUCGAUUAAAGCUAUAGCACACAUUGAUCUUGCAAAUGAGACCAUGCUCACUCCUGAGGCUUCUUUUACACUUUUUUCCUCAAAUUUCAGUGCAAGUUUCAAGUUUAGUCUUAAAGGAAGUGGUUCUACAGAUGACCCAGUAUCACAUUUUCCUUUUUUUUUUCCAAAACACUUGCGCACCAGCCGAUACUCAUUUUUUAUCUUAAGCUUUAAAAAUUAUUUUUAAAAACUAAAGCACUUAAUCACCAUAGCUGAUUAAUGCUUAGCCAAAAACAUGAGCUUUCACACAAAAUUCACAAGUAUAAAGUAUAAUAAAACUCAGUCCUUACCCAAAAAAUACAAUUACGUCUCUUUUUAAAUGUAAAUAUUUACAGUAAUUAAAAAAAAACUUUUCCAAAUCCAACUUCAAACUUUUAUCUUCAAUAUAAAAAUAUCGUAACUACAUAUGUACAAAAAUGUAUCUAAUAUUUCAUAUUAUAAAUCAAAUAUAAUAAUAUUCAGCCUGAUGAUGCCACGCCCAUCUGUGGCUAGGAGCCAUAAGAGCAGGAUUAGCCAUGCUGUCUUGGAGGGAGGGGCUUACCCUUUUUUCCUUGUCAAUCACAGUGAUAAUAGCCAAUCAUCGGCAUCUGUGAGGUCAUGUAUGUAGAAGAGGGUUGAUAGCACAUUCCUCUGAGUGUGUUACGCCGCCCUGUGACGUUCGUGUUCGGUCUCUCGGGCUGGUAGCUGUUCUGUGAUGAGGAGGCCAAGACUAAAUUAGGGAGAAAAUCAUGAGAAAAAGAAAGAGAAAUUAAUGAAUGAUAAGGAUUGUAUAACUUGCAUAUUUAAUAGGGGUAAAAAAAAAAAGAACAUUUAUUGCACAAGUUUUAAUUUAUUUUGGGUUUUCUGAAAUCAGCACAUCAGUCGCCAUCAGCAAGCUUCUGGUAAAAUUCCGGUUGGAUAUUUGACCAUUUAACGUUACUCAGCUUUCUUUAUCUUCCACAACCAGCUCCGAUGUGUGUUUGGGGUCAUUGUCCUGUUUGAACACCCAACUGUAUCCAAAUUUCUGAUGGUUUGAGGUGCUGCUGAAGAAUUCUGAAGUUCUUUAUUAUUCCAUCCAGUUCCACUGGCAACAAAACAGCCCCAGAGCACCGUGCUACCAUCAUCAUGCUUCACAGUUGAUACAGCGUACCUCUGAUCGUUGUGGCCAAAUAACUCAGUCUUUAUCUUAUCCAUCCAUAAAACUUUCCUCCAGAAGGUGUUUUCUUUGUCCAUGUGGUCAGGUGCAAACUUUAGUCAAGCGUGAAGGUGUGGAUUCGGACCAGGGGCUUCUUUUUUCGAUGGCAGCCUCUCAGUCUAUGGUGAUGUAAAACUCUCUUGAGUGCAGAAAGUGACACUGGUGUUCCAGCAACUUCUGUUUCAUGGCAGGCCUGUAUCUUGGUGGUUCCUGAUCAUCCAAACUAAUUUCCUGUCAGCUGAGGAUGAUAGUUUGAACAAAGUGUCUUGGAAGAGUGGCUUCACUCGCCUCCCAAUAAUGUAUUUAUGUACAGUUGUUUGAACUGAUGAUCUCGGAAUCUCCGCUUGUUUAGAAACGGCUCUGAGAGACAUUCCUGAGUGGGUAAAUCUGUGAUCCUUUUUCUCUGAUCUGCACUGAGCUCCUGGGACUUUCCCAUUGUACUGUGUGUUGGUCAGUACAAUGAGUGUCAAACAAGUUAUUUUUAUCAGCACAGAGAAGCUACCAGCUGUAAUCAUCAUCAUCACUAACAGGAAGUUAAGAAGCCUCAGCCUUGGCUAGUGUAAAGACCUUCUGCAGUUUUCAGUCACACUGAAUUAAUAAUCUGAGUGGAUGUCUGGAUAUUUUUGACCCUGUAUGUAUAAUUUUGAUCCUGUGUUCAUUUCAGAGAACGAAAAUAAAUUAAAACUUGUGCACCAAAUUAUUGGUAUUGAUUACCGAUUUAUGUUGUGAAAUUAUUCUGCUACAGAAAAAGAACAGUUCAAAGAAAUCACAAAUAUUGCAAUGACGUUCAUGUCCAUGAUGAGUGUAUGUAAACUUCUGACUGUAACUCUGUGCAUGUGUUUUUUAACGUAUGGAACCCAUCUUUUUCCGUUCACAUAAUUAACAACAUAAAAACACAGACACAAAAAAAGGCACACACUCGUCCAUCAUCACUAACUGAAAGACAAAGUCCUUCACCUCAGGCUGCUGUACCACAUUCACACACAUUGUAGUAGUUUUUUUGUUUUGUUGUCCAAUGACUCAGACAAAACAAAAAAAAAAACAACCUCCCGUGAAGUCACCUUCUUCUCCGGCAGCUCUUUUUGGACUUAAUAAAAUAUCACAUUUAAAGUGUGCACACUGAAAUUGUACAUUUGUGUAAACACGAUUGUGUUAAAAGAAGUUAAAAAAAAAAUGUUAUACAUCAAA